GCCAGUUUGUUCUCUUGCGCAUGCUCUCGGGUCAGACGAUUGUUUCCGAAAAAGUGGGAAGAAAAUGCCGCUGUGUAAAGCUGUAAUAGUGCCUGGGAAUGGAGCUGGAAACGUGGAACAUUGCAACUGGUACGGGUGGGCCAACAAAGAGAUCAAUAAAAUUCCCGAUAUGACCUGCUUGCUGAAAAAUAUGCCGGAUCCGGUGACGGCCAGGGAGAGCAUCUGGCUGCCCUUCAUGGAGGAGCAACUGCAGUGUGACGAGAACACCGUGAUCAUCGGGCACAGCUCCGGUGCCGCCGCCGCGAUGAGGUAUGCAGAGACGCACAAGGUGCAUUCCAUUGUGCUGGUGGGCGCUUACAUCUCAGACUUGGGUGAUGAGAACGAGAGAGAGAGCGGGUACUUCGGCCGGCCGUGGGAAUGGGAGAAGAUCCGGGGGAACUGCGCUCACAUCGUUCAGUUCGGCUCCACGGAUGACCCGUUCCUGCCGUGGGCCGAGCAGCAGGCGGUGUCGGAGGGCCUGCGGGCCCAGCUCCACAAGUACAGCGACCGCGGACACUUCCAGAACUCCUGCUUCCCGGAGCUGCUCGCGGCAGUGCGCAAGCUGAAGGCCCAAUAAGCGUCAGCGCAGAGCCUAUAGACAACCAAGAUGACCAACUCUACCCUACCCUCUGCUGCAUAACUACCGGGCUACCGUUUGCUGUUACGGAACGGAAAGUCCAUUCCCACAGGGUUGCACUUAGAGAGCGACUUCACUGUAAUACAGAAGCAAGAACACGUGCAGAAUUAGAGCUGUAGAGAGUUCACGGCUACAUUGUAUCUUAUCUGACCCGUGUUCCGUAGGUGUUCGCUAAUGCACAUUAUUAUCGUACAUCACUUCUGCCAAACGUCGCCAUUUCAUAUGAAGAGUCCGUUUUAUACUCACUGUAUGGCAGGGAUCUGAUCCCUGCUACAGGGAACAAAGGUAGUCUGUGCCAAAGGUCUUCAUAACUCCUGCAUUGUGGAUGCAUGUUAUUUAAAUAAAAUAACUACACAAUGGAAA